AUUUCUUGUGUCAAAGCUUUGAUCUUUCUUCUUCAACCUCCUCUUGAUUUCUGGUCACACCUUCAAAUAUUUAAUUUGAUUUUUUUGAAGAUUGAUUGAUUGAUUCAAGAACAAUGAAGAAACCAUAAAAUUCAAACAUGUUGAGAAAUUCAAAAGAAAAGGGUUUUGAAUCAAAAGAAGAAGGAAAAUAUAGGUUCCCCAAGGCUCCAACAAGCUCUAGUCAAUGGUCAGGGUUUAGAAACCCAAGAAUUGUGAGAGUUUCUCGUUCAUUUGGUGGCAAAGAUAGACAUAGCAAAGUUUGUACCAUUAGGGGCUUGAGAGAUAGAAGGAUAAGGCUAUCAGUCCCUACCGCCAUUCAACUCUAUGAUCUUCAAGACAAGCUCAAACUUGGCCAACCUAGUAAGGUCAUCGACUGGCUCCUCGACGUCACCAAGCUCGAUAUCGACAAGCUCCCACCGUUGCAGAUCCCAACCGGGUUCUCUCCGUUUCACCAACAGAUGUUUUUCCCUCCAUAUGAUGAUCAACAUCAUCAUCAUCAUCAUUCUUCUUCUUCUUCUUCCCAAUUUUGUAACUCGCUCCCUCCGCCCUUCGCCGUCAACGUGAAAGGCGAUUCUUCGUCGACGGCGGUUGAAAAAACGAAGAUUUGGGAUAUGGAUUUAGCGUUACAAGGAAAAGCUUCUUCAUUAACUAAAGGGAAGUGGAUUGAUGGAAGUAGUAAUCAACAUGUAGAAGAUUACAAUUUUACACCUUACAAUAGUUACAAUUCUUCUCAAUUUGGGAACAAUAAUGGAGUUUUUCCAUCACAAAUUGAGGCUCCAACAAGUUCAUCUUCUGCUUCUGCACUCUUCUUUACUCCCUAUGCUUCAUAUAUUACCAACCCAUUUGAAAGCCAUAUCCAUUUCUUGAGCUCAAAUUCCCAUGCUUUGUCUAAUCCCUUUGUGCCUUCAGCUCUUCACCCUUUUGCUUCACAGAACUUGAAACCCUUUUCAGCUGCAAGCUUCAACUUCAAGCAGCUUCUUCAUGCAGCUGACGGUAAUGGCGCCGACCGCUCCAACAAAGAUGGGGCGGCUGGUGACUCAUAGAACGGCCGAGGCAGAUAAGGACAGAGCGAGGAAGGAAGGAGAGGAGAAUUAUGUAUCCCUAGUGGUUCAUCCUUAGAGGGAAAAGGUAUUGUAAGCUAUAUUCAAUUAGACAUGCAAUGUAAUGUGUUAAGCGCUUUUGGAUUCUUCAAAAUACAAGUUAGAAUGCAAGCUUUGUUGAGAAGAGCUUGUAGAAUGU